CUUUGGCUCGCACGUCGUACCAGUCCGUCUCGUUCGUGCCGUCCCAGUAUUGGUGCAGCGCAGCGUUACGCCAGUACAAAAGCGCUCGACACCGUCGGCCCUGCCAUCAGUAUAGAGGCAGAUACACGCACGCACGCACACAAUGUCUGGCCGUGGCAAAGGAGGCAAAGCGAGGGUGAAGGCAAAGUCCCGUUCCAGCCGUGCUGGAUUGCAGUUCCCGGUCGGUCGCAUCCACCGUCUGCUCCGGAAGGGCAACUAUGCCGAGCGGGUCGGUGCCGGGGCCCCAGUCUACCUGGCGGCCGUCAUGGAGUAUCUGGCUGCGGAGGUGCUCGAAUUGGCGGGAAACGCUGCCCGUGACAACAAGAAAACCAGAAUCAUCCCCCGUCAUCUGCAGUUGGCCAUCCGCAACGACGAAGAGCUGAACAAACUGCUGUCCGGCGUGACCAUCACCCAGGGCGGUGUCCUGCCGAACAUUCAAGCCGUUCUGCUGCCCAAGAAGACCGAGAAGAAGACGACGGCAUAGGCGUCCUCGCGUGUCGACCCAAAAUCAAAACCGUCCUUUUCAGGACGACCAUAUCCCAUUCGCCCCGCUGGAGAGUUGUUUCGAGACAUGUUCUGUUAGCCCACACAUUGUUCGAUAGCGGAGUUGGUGACAACAUUCAGUCGAUGAUAGUUUUGCUGAGUAUCGUUUGGCUGCUAAAGCCCAGUUUCGUGUUUAAAUGAAAUCGCUCGAGAAAUGUCUUGACCGAUUCCUGGCAGAAACUUCCUAACAGUGCCACUUGAAUUGUCAUUUCUUCAGUACGCAUCUGCGUACUGCGAUCAAAGAAAACGAAUUUCUCGGGCGAUUCAGGCACGUACAUCAAGAUAGGCCGCGAUGUGGUCGGAUUCGAUUGCUAAUAAAUUGGCAUAAGCUACCUGAAAACACACUUCCACGCCGACAUUGACAUUGACGUAAUAAAAUUUUAGCAGAGAUCCGAUCCGGUGUGAACUGGCUGGCGGCCCCACUGGUACCGCGCACGGUGUUGCCAUGACGACUAGCAUCAGCCAGCCGACGACCACCGCGCACGGCUAGACAAAACAUACUGAAAUUAUUCGGUUCACUCCCGUGGGACAUUUUCGUAGCCCUUUCAAGGGCUGUUUUGAUUUACUUGCAGUAUUUCUGCAAGCGCGUUCCAUAAUUCUAUUGAUUCCGAUGUUGGCUUGUGCUGCACGGACGCCCGAUGAAGCCAGAAUGAAGAAAAUUUUCGCAGAUCCGAUCCGGUGUGACCUGGUUGGCGGUACCGCGCACGGCGUUGCCAUGACGACUAGUAUCAGCCGACGACCACCGCGCAUGCCUGGGCAGAACAUACUGAAGGAGGCUUUCCUCCUGAGAAAAUUAUUCGAUUCACUCCCGUGGGACAUUUUCGUAGCCCUUUCAAGGGCUGUUUUAAUUUACUUGCAGUAUUACUGCAAGCGCGUUCCAUAAUUUUGUUGAUUCCGAUGUUGGCUUGUACUGCCCGGACGCCCGAUGAAGCCAGAAUGAAGAAAGUUUGCGCAGAUCCGAUCCGGUCUGGUUGGCGGCCCCACUGGUACCGCGCACGGCGACGCGACGACGACGACUGGUAAAAGUGGCAACAGCCGACGACCACCGCGCUCGGCUAGCCAAAGCAUACUGAAGGGAGAAGCAAGCGGAGAAACUGGCUAGCAGUCCUCCGAUGCGUUCCCCUCGAGGUGUCGCGGAAGAAUGAUGGAAGAUGAGAAGAAGACAAUAACUUAUA